CGUCAUAUAGUAAACAAAACUGUGGCAGGGAGACUCGUCCUCAAGGUCCUUCUCUUCCUUAAGUUCCUUCUCGUCCUCAAGGUCCUUCUCGUCCUCAAGUGAACAGAUAUGAGGCAGUUAAAAUAUGCAGAGAAGAAGCUCCUUAAGCACACAGACUUCUUUAAGUGGGAAGUUGAUAAUAAUCUAAAGGAAGUUAAAAUUAUGAAGAAAUUUCUGAUACAGAGACGAGAAGACUACACCUUAUACAACAAGAUGGCCCGAGAGACAAAAGAGCUGGCCAAUAAAAUAAAAGCUAUGGACCCCAAAGACCCCUUUAGAGCAGAAGCUAGCGGUAAACUCCUCGAAAAACUAUAUACAAUGGGACUCAUUCCUACCAAGUGGAAUCUCCAAUUAUGUGAUGGCGUGACGGCCGCAUCCUUCUGUCGCCGACGUCUGCCGUGUCUUAUGGUGCGUAACAAAAUGACUCCAGAUUUACGCUCAGCUGUCACGUUCAUCGAGCAAGGUCAUAUUCGUGUUGGGGCAGAAGUAGUGAAGGACCCGGCUUUUCUUGUUACAAGGCCCCUGGAGGACUAUGUGACUUGGGUUAACACCUCAGCCAUCAGGAAACAUGUCAAACAGUACAAUGAAGAGAGAGACGACUUUGACCUGAACAACUGCUAAAACACAGUCUAGUAUUUGUUAUCCCUGAAGGUAUAUUUUUUAAAGAAAGAGUACAGUACAGUUCAGCACAAUCAAAUCAAAUUAAUAAACUGACACACAUUUA